UCGAUCUCGGACGAUGAGUUGCCACGUCAUCAUCGUUCUCGUCCUCGCUCUCGUCUCCACUGUCCAUACCUCAUCGGACGGUGGUCAUCGCCGGCUCCUCCACGAGCCCCUCUUCCCCAUUGAUUGGACGGCGCCGCCCCCGCCACCGGCGGCGGACUCCAGCACCGACGUCCCUCCGUUCUCCCCCGACUCCACUCCGGGCAACUUCUUCCCCAAUCCCCCGCCGGACCCGGCCUCCUUCCAGACCCCUACCGCGGCCAACGUCUCGGCCUCCUCUCGCCCCGUCGCUCACCACUCCCCUACCGCCAAGGUCGCCGUCGGCGUCUUCAUCGGAAUCACGGCAUUGGCCUUGCUAUCGGUCUCAGGGUUCUUCCUCUAUCGCCGUAGAGGCCGAGCCCCUUUGGAAUCGACGAAGCUCAUCGGGGGGAAUGCUGAUCAACAGGGAGCCGAGAGGUCCACCGCCGCGCCGGAGUUUUUGUAUCUCGGAACGGUGGAUCCAUCGAGCCGGAGACUGGCCAACGAUGAGGCGAACGGAUCGCCGUACCGGAAGCUGAGCUCGGAGCGGGUGCUAGAGGUCCGCCAUCCGAGCCCGGAGCUCCAGCCGUUGCCGCCGCUGGGGCGGCGGGUCUCAGCACCGCCUGCUGGGGUUUCAUCGGACGACGAUGGGUUCUAUACGCCCCGGCGUUCAGUGACGUCUGAGAGCCCUAGCAGCACCGCCUCUCGGUGGAGCCUCCCGGGGGCUGGCUCCGCUGGGAAGGACGUGCUGGUCCUUAGCGUGGAUUCCGGGCCUCGGUCACGGCGAUCUUCUCCUCGAAUGGUUCUCCCUAGCCCGGCCCCGUCCGACAUCAAGCACGCUAUCUCUUCGGCGGCGCCAAGGCCAUUAGUUCCGCCACCGCCUCCACCCCCUCCUCCGCCACCGCCUCCACCUCCACCUCCACCUCCACCGCUUCAUAGAAUGGAGAAAAUUACAGAAAUGGCACCAUCUAGACCCUCUACAGAGGCAUCCGUCUCGCCGGAGCCGGUACAACCCUCAUCACGGCGGCAACUCCUGAGACCGCUUCCUGUUCGAACUGAUGCUCCGGUUUCAUUCGCUAAGCUCGGCAAUACAUCUUCCCAGGUGAACAGCGCCGGCAAUGAGCGACCGGAGAACGAAGCCAGGCCGAGGUUGAAGCCUCUACAUUGGGACAAAGUACGGGCGAGUUCCGAUAGGGCAAUGGUGUGGGAUCAACUGAAGUCUAGCUCGUUUCAAUUGAAUGAAGACAUGUUUGAGACUCUAUUUGGGAGCAAUUCAACUACUCCGGCUCCGAGGGAGAUGCCGAGAAGGUCUGUCUUGCCUGCAUUUAAGCAGGAAGACAGAGUUCUCGACCCGAAAAAGGCACAAAACAUAGCUAUACUUCUCCGGGCAUUGAAUGUCACUAGAGAGGAGGUCACCGAUGCACUUUUGGAUGGUAAUUCUGAAGGCCUCGGGGCUGAGCUUUUUGAAACUUUGGUGAAAAUGGCUCCAACUAAAGAGGAAGAACUGAAGCUGAAGGAUUACAGUGGUGAUAUAUCAAAACUAGGUUCUGCCGAGCGGUUUCUGAAGGCCGUGUUGGAUAUUCCUUUUGCCUUCAAGAGAGUUGAUGCAUUGCUAUACAGAGCCAAUUUUGAGACAGAAGUAAAAUAUCUAAGAAAAUCUUUUGAAACACUGGAGGCAGCUUGUGAAGAUCUGAGAAACAGUAGACUAUUUCUCAAGCUCCUUGAUGCUGUUCUCAAGACAGGUAACCGAAUGAAUGUAGGUACAAACCGAGGCGAGGCAAAAGCCUUCAAACUUGAUACCCUCCUAAAGCUUGCAGAUGUAAAAGGUGCUGAUGGGAAGACAACAUUGCUCCAUUUUGUUGUUCAAGAGAUCAUCCGAUCAGAGGGCUCAGGUUCCGAUCCGACACCUGAAGGCCUCUCUAACAAAACCAAGGAAGAAGAAUUCAGAAAACAGGGAUUGAAAGUGGUUGCCGGGCUGAGCAAUGAGCUCGGAAACGUAAAAAAGGCAGCUUCUAUGGACUUUGAUGUGCUCAGCAGCUAUGUUAAGAAGCUCGAAAUGGGUCUUGAAAAGAUCAAAUCAGUGUUGCAACUUGGCAGGUCAUGCAGUGGAGGCAAAAGAUUCUUUGAUACAAUGAGAGUGUUUCUUAGGGAGGCCGAAGAUGAGAUUGAUCGAGUUAAAGCUGAAGAGAAGAAGACGCUUUGUCUGGUUAAAGAGAUUACCGAGUACUUCCACGGAGAUGCAGCAAAAGAAGAAGCACAUCCUCUGAGGAUAUUCAUGGUUGUAAGAGACUUUUUAUCGGUGUUAGAUAAUGUAUGCAGGGAAGUGAGCCGAAUGCAAGAGAGAACCAUGAUGGGGUCUGCUCGAUCAUUUAGGAUAUCGGCAAGUGCUUCAUUGCCUGUUCUUCAGAGAUAUGGAAUGCGGCGAGAUGGAAAUUCAGAUGAAGAUAGUUUAUCUCCUUAAAAGGUAAGCUAGAGUGCAUAUAAUCAAAGAACACACAAUCCAUACAAGAUACUAAUUUUACAGAGUGCUUUUCCAUGGUCUGAAGGAGCAGGAGAAUAUCAAAAUCAGUGUAAAUAAGCGCCUUUGAAGCUCUGGAAGGCAUUUUGAUAUAUAGAUGUUGUCACAUAGAUAAAAUCAUAGAAGUAAACAACAUGAUUUGAUUAUUGUUUUUUGUAUUUAUGAUGUUUCUUUGAUAUAAAUUUUUUUUUUAAUAUAUAUACAUAUAUAUAUGUAUGUUUUGUACUGUAUUGAAGGGAAACUGAGGCUGAUUUGCCUUG